AGAGAGUCGGUUCGGGUAUGAAAAUGUUAACGUAGCAGUGUAUGUGAUAAUGCAGAUGCGAAUGUUUCACUGCUGCAGAAUGUGUGAAUUCAUUCAGGAAUGUAAAUAUUAAAGCAGCGGCCAUGUGUGUUAAUGCAGCAGUGAGUGUUAAUUAAGGUCGCCGCUCUGGCCGCCGGCUCGCGUUGCCACAGUAACCGGUGAGUGAGUUGGAAUGCUGUAGCGCUACCGCAGUGAUCAGUGAGGGGGAUGGCGCGAUUCCGCUCGGCCUCAUCCGACAUCGGCAUCAUGAUCGACAUGGACUCUGACUCACCACAGCACACUGGACAGGGACAUGUUGCUCGCGCGAGCUCCUGAUCCCGAUUAGGACUGCGCACACGCGUUUCCCAUCGCCUAAUCAGGAACAGAGGGAACGAAGCAAAGUGCUGCAUCUCAUUGUCUUCUGAAUAGUCACAGUUCCAUACUCGAUGGACAUAAAAUGUGUUUUGUCAAUCCUCUUUAACUGUUGGCAAAAGCAGACACGUUCCAGGAUGCUUUUACCUAGACUACAAUUCAUUUCUGCCACUUCACGUAUUACUCAUGGAUGACCAGUGAGCAGCGGCUUUGUCUCAGGUUUCUGAACUAGAAUGAAUUUACAGCGGCAAUUUAGCGACGGCCCAUGAACAUUUCAUUAGCACCUCUUCCAUAACAAGUAUUUCAUUUACUGCUUGUCAUUAUGUUCAUGACUCUAAGCAAGUCUAAAAACAAAACACCUCAGUAUAUAUCUGUAUAAGUAUUAUGCAUGGAAGGUCUGAUUUGCAUGUGCUACUGUGAAUAUGUGUAAUUGUAAUACUGUUUUUCAGGCCUUCAGUGUUUAAAUGAUUUAUAGGUUCCACUGUUUACAACAAGCUAUUUUUCUGUCUUCAACUGACAACAUCAGAGCAGCAUAAAUGCUGUAUUAAAAAUGAGGACCUGCUGUUAACACACAAUCUGACAAAAAAGAGACAAAACACCAAUUAGAAAAAGAGAAAACAACAUUUUACUAGGUAGUAAGAUACUGCUCUUUUGUAACGUUUUGGAAAUUUCCAUUAAGCUCCCCGCUUCCCGCUCUCAGGAUGAGUAACAAGUCAGACUCGGAAGGUGUAGUCUACACGGUGGAAGAACUAGAAUGCAAGAUAUGCUAUAGCCGCUACGAUGCACGAGCUCGCAAGCCAAAGUUACUGGCGUGCCUGCACCGUGUCUGCGCUCGCUGCCUGAAGAAGAUGGCUGAGAUGGAAUCAUCACCUGGCACUGUCAGCUGUCCAUUCUGCCGCCAUCAGACGCAUGUGCCUGAUGAGGAAAUCUGGCUCCUGCAGGAUGACAGUAACAUCCUGGCCAUCCUCUCUUACCAGGAGCGAGUGAGGAAGAGCGGCUCGAUGCCUGUGGGUGAGGUUCUUCUCACCCCAAACAGUCUAAAUGGGGGAGAGAUAGGAACAAGUGGAGAAGGAGGAGGAGAGCAGGCCCACAGUUCCUCAGACUGCCUGGUCAUCACCAUCAUGGAGGUUCCAGGCGAGUCCACUUCACCCGACUCCACUGGCAUGCUGAACAUGGUGCGUCUGUAUCGGCCGGCUAGUUUGGACUCGCUGCCGUGUCACGUGCCUGUGCAGAAGUGGCGUGCGUGGACAUCGCGCUCUGUGCCACGUUUUGUCAUGGGCUUCCUCUGCCUGCUCUACUUCAGCUCGCUGCCCCUGGGCAUCUAUCUGCUCAUGAUUCAGCAACUCACACUGGGAGUGAUCCUAGUCAGCCUGGUGCCCUCCACCCUCGUCCUCUGCGUGUUCUACGGCUUCUGUCAGUGCCUGUGCCAUGAGAUCAUGGAGGCCAUGGCUACAUAGACACUUCGUAGAUUGUGUGUGAUUUGUCAGUCUUUAGACAGUGUGAACCAAGCCAAAAUCAUUGAUCUGUUCAUUCUGCUCUUGACUGCUCAUCUACUGUUGCACUGGAAUAUACCAGCAUUUAGAAGUGAACUUUCAACCAUCUUCAGUUCAUAUGAAGGGCAAUACAUACAUUUGAACGAGCAGUUACAUCCUACAAUCCAGUGCAGGUUGUUUGCAUUGAGCUACGGCUGCCUCAAUUUGCUGUUGAUUUGUUUGUUUCUUUGUUUGUUUUUAUUCUGUACCUGUUAGCUCAGGCUUAACAUGACUGUGAUCCUUUUACAUAACACUAAUAAGGGAAUGAGAUUCAUAUCUAACAUGGAAAUUAUGGACUUAGUUCCAUAACGUGAAAUAUGUCCUUCCUACUUUUGACAAUCCAUUUGUUGUGUAACUUUAAAAUAGUCUCCAUAUACUUGUCAAAGUUCCUAGUUGCCUUUGUAAGGCAUGCAAAUUCCCAAGCUAUAUUUUAAUGUUGUAUAUAUGAAAUAAUGUGUUUGUCAUUGCUAUGAGAAUGAACAAAUGCCUUCAGAUCAUCCAAACUGUUAAUAGAUAUUCAAUAAAGAUUGGAAACACAAUCAAAGGGACGUCAUUUAAUGACAUUUUAAGUCAUCAGGUGGCUAGACGCAGACCGGACUCUGCAAAGUAUUUUGGUGAAUUGAGUUCUUGAAAAAAUACUGCAGCAGAGCUGAUCAACAUAAACUGCAAAAAUAAAACCUUCCAGUUGUUCAGUUACUUUACAUUUCCACCUCUGCUUGUGUAGAAUUCCUCUGCUACAGCAUAGCCAAUCAUAUACUAUAUAAUUAUCAAUUAUUUUGUUUAGGAUCCAGAGACCAGCUAAAGGGCAAGAAAUAUUAAGUCAGAAAGGGGAGAGAUUUCAUAUUUUCUUAAAAGAUAACAACAAAAACAAUGAUUAAAGACCAAUGGAAAAAGAAGUAUGAGUUUAUUCCCCUAUGUAAAAUCCGAAACUGAUGUCUCAUCUGUUCAGAGGUGAUAACGCUGGUCAAACAUGGUAACAUGAAGCACCAUUAAGAAACAACACAUAACCAGGUGACAGAUGUUGCUAUUCAGCCGUGUUAGUUGCUAAACUUUUCUAAUCAAAAAUUUUUUGUAAUGUGACCUUUACUGAUUUUACUCGAGUACUAAAACUGAGACUGAGUAUUGUAUAAUCUGAGAAUGAUGUAA